AUGCUAGUGAGUCACGUGCUAUUAUCUUUGUCACAUUCCUUGCACUUACAUGGCCACGCGUUUGAGCACGUGAAAGCAUCAGACACACUGAAAACAAUCCAAAUAUCACGCCACAAUUCUCAGACAUCUUUGCAUGGCACAGCCCCUCUCCAGAACCUAGACCAUUUGACAACAAUGACGUCUUUCAUUGUCCCCUCCAAGAAUUAUUUCUUACCUCUCUCUCUCUCUAUGGAUUUCCCACGAAUUGGACGCCGGGAUCCAUGCCAUGGUCGUACGGAUGAAUGUAUGCUGUAUGCGUCGACGGCCAAAGGGCAGACACAUAAGAUGUUGAUAGCAUCGCGACAGAAGAGAAGGGAAAAGAAUGUAUGCAAUUCAAAUCAAUUCAAAUCAUUUUCUUCCAUGCGUGUAUGUAUGCGGGUGAGUACAGGUACGGGCAUCCAAAUGACAGACCCCAGUGACAUGCCCAACUCGUUACAAACCACACAUCACGCCAAAAUAGAAGACCAGGCGCAGUGA